GCGCGGCCAGCAGCGGCGGUGGUAGUGGUUUGUGCUGGGAGGCUGUCGAGGGAGAGCAGUUUGUGUUUCAUUUUAAUUUUCUUUUCUUCUUUUUUUUUUUUUUUAUUCUCUUCUUGGUGGUCGCGGCGCCGCCGUCGUCGCGCGGCUCGGCGAGCGCCUCUCGUUGCAGCCGCGGGGCGGCCGCCGGUACCGCCAGCGAGGCGCUGCGGCCGCGCUCCGCUCCCGGUGCGGGCGGUGCGUGCGCGGCUUCGCGAGGUCGCAGCAGCAGCAGCAGCAGGAGGCGGCGGCGGUGGUGUUGGUGUAGAGGGAGGUCUCCUUCCCUCCCUCCCUCCCUGCGGCACCAUGAAAGCCGUGAGCCCCGUCCGGCACCCUAGUCGCAAGGCGCAGCCCGGCGUGGCGGGCGGCGGAGGCGGGGGGCACCCAGCCCUGCGGUGCCUGGCCGAGCACAGCGGCUGCAAGGGGGGCCCGCCGUCGGGCGAGGAGCCGGCGGCGCUCUGCCUGCAGUGCGAUAUGAAUGACUGUUACAGCCGGCUGAGGAAGCUGGUGCCCACCAUCCCGCCCAACAAGAGGGUAAGCAAAGUGGAGAUCCUGCAGCACGUCAUCGACUACAUCCUCGACCUGCAGCUGGCUCUGGAGACGCACCCAGCGCUGCUCCGGCAGCAGCCGCCGCCACCCGCCCUCCACCCGGGCAGCUGUCCUGCGGGUACCCCCAGGACUCCGCUGACAGCCCUCAACACUGACCCGGUAAGAGGCAGGCUCUGUUAACAAGCCGGGGGACAGCAUCCUCUGCCGCUGACCGCCGCUCCCCAGGUGUGCGGCGGUGCCGCGCCGCGCAGAGGCAACGGGGGGCGGGCGGCGGCGGGGGGGGCCCGGCCCGGCCCCGCCGCACCGGAGGAAGGAGCCAUCCAACCCCCCCGAGCAGUUCCCAUGCUUCACCCCGCAGAGCCAAGCCUCUUCACCAUUUUGCACGUCCGUAGCGGUCCCCCCACCCCACCCCCCGUGUUUGGUUUUGUUUUUUUUUUUUUCCCCCUUCCCUGGUUCUGUCUCUUCUCGUCGUUCCCGGCCAGCUGUGAGCGGCGGCGUGUCCCGCGGUGGCAGCAGGAAAAGUUGCGACUCUGCCCCGGGAUAGAGGACCGAGCCUAAAACCAGACUUUAGAAACCUUGUAACUCUUAAGGGACCGAGCAGCCGAAUUUUGAAGCUUUACUAAUCUACCAGAGCAUUUGUAGAUAUAUUUGACAUCUAUUGUUUAAAAUAGAUGGAUUUUAUUGGGGCCCAGGGAACUUUCUUCUCCCUGCAGGAGUGUUACAUAUUGUAUAGACAAAUGAGUGACAUUUCAUACUGUGUAUAUAUAGAGAUGUUCUAUGAGUGUGAGAAAAGUAUAUGCUUUAAUAGACUACUGUAAUUAUAAAAUAUUUUUAAUUAAAUAUUUUUUUGUAAAUAUUAUAAAGGUGUGUAUGUUUUUUUUUAAUCUGUGGGAAUAUCUCUUUAGAAAACCACAGCUCAAGUACGGAGCUGCUAAUAUGGAAGUAUCUUGAAUGUUUAGGACUUUUUUUUUUUUUUUUUUUUUUUGUCCCCAGAUGUCCUUUAGACUCAAAAGUUGCAGCUAUAGCUAGUGGUCCUGCAUGAUUGCAUGAGAUGUCUAAUUGCGAAUAAACUUGUUUGGAGUCCAUACAAACGUGUUUUCCUUGAUCUGGACUGAAAAUGUUUGUAAGUGUAUUAUACAUUGAGACUACACUUUUGUCAUUUAGACACAGGGGUUUUUAGUGCAUUCUAUUAAAGUAGCAGUAAGAUGUAGUGGUUUUUACUGAGAAUAGAAAAAACAAAUUCUAUCUAGUUUUUUUGCAUUAUGGGGGCGAUGCUUUAGAUCUCUAAUCUGCUUUUUUUUAAAAUCUGCUGUUGCAUCAGAUCAAGAAACUUGUUCUGGAACUUCACUUAGCACCAAAAUGUUUUAUUGCAAACUUGUGUUCCUACAGCUUAUUAUUGCUUAAAAACUGAAAACAGUUCUCUGCUUGCAACCAAAGGGCAAACCAUUAACAAAAACAGUUGCUGAUUCUUUCAUCCAAAGAGUAUUAAUAGCUAACUGCAGAAAGGCACAUGAGCAAAGUUGUUACGAUCAGUGAUGUAAAUUCAUUUUAAAAUGAACUUAAGUAGACCAAAAAUCGGAUAACUGCGUCAAGAUUAUUUUUCUAGUACAAAAUGACUUACAUUUCACUGCAGCUAUGUUACAGUUCAAAUCCUGUUUAAUCUCUGUGAUGUGUAACUACUACAUGUGAACAUUAAACUAGAUUUACCUGUCUUUAA